UUUUGACUUUUGAGCUGCUCACCCUCAACGGAAUUUAGUUUGUUUGAUCCAUUUUGUUUUGGAGGCAUGUUUUCAGUAGCUGUACGGGGACUUGUCGGUCGUUCUUGUCGUGCUUCUUUGGUGGGCAGUACACUUACGAGUAGAUCGUUUGCGGGUAGAUGCCACCUUCCAAAUCGACCCCUUUCCUCAAGUGCCCCCCGUCUCCUACCACGCCACAUUUCUUCCGCGUCAACUGCCUUACCCAUUGAGUCCCCCUCGACGACAUUCUCCAUGCAAGAGCCCUCACCAACACGUAUCACAACCCUUCCGAAUGGACUGAGGAUCGCUUCACAGGAGGCACCAGGACAUUUUGUUGCUGUGGGUGUUUAUGUGGAUGCAGGGACGCGGUAUGAGACCGAUCGAACGAGUGGGUGUAGUCAUGUAUUGGAUCGGUCAUCAUUCAAGAGUACAAAAGAUUUCACGACAGAGCAGCUGGUGCAGCAACUCGAGUCUUUGGGCGGGAACGUUGUAGCACACAGCUCACGAGAAGCCAUCAUGUACCAAGCAGCCGUCUUCAGACAUGAUUUGGAAAAGAUGAUGCAGAUUUACGGUCAAGUGGUCCGACAUCCUCUUCUCCUCCCACAGGAAAUGGACGAUACACGCAGCACAACGCUCUACGAAAUCCAAGAUCUGUCCAUGCGUCCCGACAUGACACUCCCCGAAAUCCUACACGCGGUUGCUUUUCGAAAUGCAGAUGGGACGCCAUCGACACUCGGAAGACCUUUAUUGUGUCCUAUCGAGAAUCUGGAAGCCAUGACGCCCGAGCUGUUGCGUGAGUACCGAUCUACAUGGUACACACCGGAUCGGAUGGUUGUGGCAGGUAUUGGAAUGGACCACCAAAUGCUGGUAGAUCUCGCCACACGCGAAUUUGGGGAUAUGGCACCCGCAACCCCCGCCAUUACCGCUUUGCAACAACAACAAACCAAACCUGCACAUUACUCUGGUGGUAUUGAACUUAUUGACGCAAAGGACCUCCCACCGUCACCCAACCCCGACGACCGACCUCUCACCCACGUUUAUAUUGCUUUUGAAGCUCUCUCCAUGUCUGAUCCUGAUAUUUACGCUCUAGCAACCCUUACGAGUCUCAUGGGCGGGGGUGGAUCCUUUUCCGCGGGUGGACCCGGAAAAGGCAUGUACACCCGCCUAUAUACUCAAGUCCUGAACCGGUACCAUUGGGUCGAAAGUUGCAACAUGAUCAAUUUCUCGUACCUUGAUACAGGGUUAUUUGGAAUCCAAGCGGCUGUCCCUCCAUCGCCUGAAGCGCAUGAGCAUAUUAUUCCGAUUUUAUGUGAUCAGUUGUUGAGGAUGACGACCGAGAUUGGUGCGGAAGAAUUAUCGCGUGCGAAAAAUCAGCUCAAGAGUAGUUUACUCAUGAGUUUGGAGAGCAAGAUUGUUGAAUUGGAGGACGUGGGGAGGCAGGUUAUGGUCCACGGAAAACGAUUAAGUGUAUCAGAAAUGUGUAAGCGGAUCGAAAUGCUCACUGCAGAGGAUUUGAAACGGGUUGCAAGACGAGUAGUAUUAGGGGAUGAUACACCCAGUCCACUUGAUUUUGGAGAUGCGGCUCAAAAACCUUGGAAGCGUACUGGAGAUGGGAAUGCGACAGUAUUGGUUCAAGGACCUAUUUUUGAAAAGGAUGCGUUUUUGGAUAUGGAGCAGCAUUUGGCGGCUUGGAGGAUUGGAAAGAAGAAUCAGGGGGGGCGUAAGUGGGGGUUGGGUAGAUUCAAGUUGUAAUUUUUUCUUUUCUUUUGUUGUUUUUAGCUUGAGCAUUAUAAAUAGAGUUUCAUGCAUGA